AUGAUGUCGUCUCAGCUCCUAUUUCAACCUUCUUGGCCACCUCACUCUUCUUUUCAUUCGAAUCUUCAUAAUUAUGAUCCAAAAAUAGAAGUUUAUGCAGGGGAGCAUCACGAUUUUUCUUCUUCAAUCGCUUACGGGUCUGAAAACUCCUCAACAAUUUCAUCGGCCAACUUUCCCAUGUUAUCCUCUGAUAUGCAUAACCCUUCAUCGGUAAACAUGGAGGGAUUGGAUGAUGUUUGUGGAUGGUUGUGUGUUGAUGAUCAACAGAUGGAAGAGAUUCCAACCAAAAGGUCUAUCGGAGGUGACCAUGUAUUGAGUCCCAACCAAAGCGACAAAUCCAGUGCGUCUUCCGUAUGUAUACCAUCAGAAAAUUAUCAGUCACCAAUGGAACGAACAGAUGAUUCCAUGGAAAGUGAGUCCCAAGCAGGAAUACAUAAUCUACUAAUGGCUUAUGCAGAUGCUAUGGGAAAGGGACAGGGAGAACUUGCCACAGUGAUAGUGAAAUGCAUAAGUGAAAAGACCAACACCAUUGGGUCACCCCUCGAACGCUUAGCCCUCAAUUUGUUCCAGCCAGCAGAAAAUCAAGGAGAAGCAUACCUUAAACAAGAAUCAAUAAGAAACUUCAAUCCAGCAUUCAGAGCCUUCUACGAUUAUCUUUCCUUAUGGUCGGUUUGCUCAUUUUACAUCGAGCUCAGUCAUCCUUCAAGCAGUUCCCACCUAUGUUGA